AUGAGGUCCUCGACGUCGCAUCUGGCGGGGGCCCGCACGGGCGGGUGGGGGUCGACCGAGCAGUACGACGCGCGCAAGAGCAUGCUCGUGCGGGACCGGGCCCGCGAGCACGACUCCCCGGCCGCGCAGCGCUCGGGGCCGACGCCAGCGGUCGUCCAAGGGGGCGCGAAGGCCGGCAGGCGCGACGCGCCGUCCAAGUCCGGGGUCUCGUGGGUCGACAAGCUCCAGCAGGGCCCGGACCCGCAGCACCGUGGGCCCGCCGCAACGCGGACGGGGGCCAAGCCGUCCCCGCAGGCGGCGCCGCCGCGGUCCGCGGGCUCCGGCACCUCGCCCCCGCUCUCGACCGCGGCCACGCUCGAGGGCGACGAGCUCCACGCGGCCGUCGCGGCCCGCAUCGCGGCGCGCAUCGCGCACAAGGGCGGCGCCGCGUCGUCGUCGUCGGCCGACGGGACCGCGCCGUUCCGGCGCCCCACGGCCGCGACGGACCACCACCUGCCCGUCAUCGCGAGCGGCGUCCGGUACGACACCAGCGACGACGCGAGCGACGCCACCACGUCCGCGCCGCGGCAGCAGCAGCAACCGCCGCCGCCGCACCUGUCGCGCAAGAGCUCGCGCAUCAGCGUGCACUUCGGGUCGGGCGCGGAGAUCGCGCUGCCGCCGCAGCCGUCCAUCGACGCGGUCCUCGCGCGCCCCGCGAGCCGGCUGGCGCGCUCGAGCGCGACCGCUGCCGCCGUGGAGCCCAACGCCUUCCUCCUGGAGGGGCCGCGGAGCCCGCGGAGCCGCCCCCGCUCGCGGCAGGCGAGCGAGCGGGGGCCCGCGGUCGGGUCCGGAGUGAGCUCGCCGGCCGUGGGGCGGCGGCGGCACGCGCGGUCCUCGAUAGAGGUGGGGCCCGGGGUGCAGCUGCCGCCGCUGAUGACGACGCAGCGGAGCGACGGCGAGCCGCUGCGGGGGCACCGCGCGAGCGCGACGGGCGCGGCGGGGCUCCGGAACAAGCUGCUGAGCGACGCGGCGCGCGCGGGGGGGGUGUUGCGGAAGUCGGACAUGGAGCGGGGGGCGCGGUCGUCCCUGGUGGAGUUCUUCAAGAAGAUCGGGGGGGGCAACAGGAGGAAGUCGCGGACGGCCGCGGGCGACGCGGAGGACAGCGCGUCGACCCCCGGGCGGCGCGAGAAGCCCACGCCCCCGGCCGACAUCGUCGUCGAGCGCGCACAGGCCGAGUACCUCCCGCCCGCGCGCAGCAGCCCCCGCACGACGACGCCGAACGACAGGUCGCACCGCGGCGCCAAGGCGCCCGCCGCGUACGCGCCGCAGAGGCCGCCGGCGAUCCAGCUGCGCAAGAGCGUCGGUGUCGACCCUGCGCGCGAGCGCACGUCGGGCGUCGCGGAGCCCAGCUCCGGAGGCGCCGAGGGCGAAGUGUUCCAGCGGUCGCGGACGAUCGCCGGCGCGGUGACGGAGGGGCCGGAGGUCGCCCUCGGGGAGGGCAUGGGGCGGUACCGGGAGCGCGGCGCCCACUUCCUGGUCGGCUCGCGCGCGCGCGUGCUGCUCGCGGACCUGCAGGGGCUGUCCAAGGUGUGGACGGGCGCGGUGCGCACGACCGCGAGCUCCGACGGGAGCGUCCUGCGGACCGACGUGAUCAAGAUCGGCACCGGCGCGGACGCGACGACGGGCAUGGUGCACCAGGACGUGCUGAGGAACGCGAUCGCGGCGCUGGCGGGCAAGGCCGGGAAGAGCGGGCGCGCGGCGCACGCGGGCGACACGGUCACGCUGGCCGACCUGCUGGGCGCCGCCUACCCAGAGGCGACGCCGGUGGAGCUGUCGCUGCUCGUCGCCGAGGCCGUGACGAACUGCGCGGCCGGAGGGCAGUCCCGGCUCGGGCUGGAGCCGGCCGAGUUCACGGCCCUCAGCAAGCUCCUCGUGCAGAUGGAGACCCUCAACGGGCGGCCCGGCGGCGGGAUCCCCGUCCCGAUGAUGUCGGCGCUCAUCGCGGAGCUCUCGGGAGAUCACGCGGACAACAUAUCCAUCACCGAGCAGCGCCUGGGCGCCAUCGCACAGCGCAAUACGGGCGCUGGAGGCACGCUCGACAUGCGCGCGGUGACGCAGUGGUGGAAGUACGUGAACGCGCACGUACAGAGCCCGAUUCAGCUCGAGACGGUGGUCGAGCUCGUCGCGCCGAACUCGCAGCUGUGGCGGCGGUGCACGGGCCCCGUCGCGGCCGCGAUGCCCGCGCCAAAGCACCUCGCGAAGCGCGGGUCGGUCAUCCGGACCCUGUCGGUCACGCAGCUCGAGGCCUAG